UGACGUCUGUAACACUGAGCCUGGCUCAGGGAGGAGCUGACUGGUUCGUACAGGUGAGCGGUGCUGCGGCUCUGGUCCUGCGGCUGCAAUGAGCUGCACCAUCGAGAAGAUUCUGACAGACGCUAAGACGCUGCUGGAGAGGCUGCGGGAGCACGAUGCGGCCGCCGAGUCGCUGGUGGAUCAGUCGGCGGCGCUGCACCGAAGGGUGGCCGCUAUGCGGGAGGCGGGGACAGCGCUUCCAGACCAGUAUCAAGAGGAUGCAUCCGAUAUAAAGGACAUGUCCAAAUACAAACCUCACAUUCUGCUGUCCCAAGAGAAUACACAGAUUAGAGACUUGCAGCAGGAAAACAGAGAGCUAUGGGUUUCCUUGGAGGAACACCAGGAUGCUUUGGAACUCAUCAUGAGCAAAUACCGGAAACAGAUGUUACAAUUAAUGGUUGCUAAAAAAGCAGUGGAUGCUGAACCAGUCUUGAAAGCCCACCAGUCUCACUCUGCAGAAAUUGAGAGUCAGAUUGACAGAAUCUGUGAAAUGGGAGAAGUGAUGAGGAAAGCUGUUCAGAUGGAUGAUGACCAGUUUUGUAAGAUUCAAGAAAAACUAGCUCAGUUAGAGCUUGAAAAUAAGGAACUUCGAGAAUUAUUGUCCAUCAGCAGUGAGUCUCUUCACAUUAGGAAGGAAAACUCAGUGGACACAGCUUCCCAAGCCAUCAAAUAAUUCAACUUCUGAAUGACCGCUGGAGAUUGCUUAUCAAGGAAGGAACUUACCUCUCUAUUCAAAUAUCGUCCAUUCACUCUCUUGCCUCACACUUGAUUUAGUGUUGAUUAAAUGUAUCAAGUGGUAGGUUAGAAUUCUCAGUCAAAAGUAGCUGUCCUCAAAAACAGUUUUUGGGUGUGUUUGUGAAAAUACAGAAUUUCACCAUUCCUUUCUCUAAGAGACUACUUUUAAUUUUCAUUUCUGGGACCUCGGUUUAUAUAAACUGUUUUCAAUUCAUUUUUGUCCUUUCAUAUCUCUGAAACUUAGAGCAUUUUAUUAUAAGCCAGCAAUUUUAUUUUAUAUAGGCUUGUAAAUUGCAAUUCUAAAAAAUUUUAAAAAGAUAUUAGCUUUUAAAAUCUAUUUGGCAUAAACUUGGAUUGUUUUUUUUUUCUAUUUGAGAAAAAUAAUACAAUUCCACAGAAGUAGAUUGCCAGAUUCUCUAACUUGUCAUGUCAUUCACCUUUUAUGAAGUUUUAAGUCUCUCUGGUGCUAAGAGUUGGCACUUUAUGGCCUAGUGCCUUUACUCUUAAUUUGAGAGAACCUAUUGCUAGUCCCCAGGAAACAUACUUGAAAAUAAGUCAACUGUUUUUUUCUAGUGGUAGUGUAAUCAUUGUAUUGUUCAAAGAAUGCUGAGAAAUUUGUUCUCUGUGUGUAUGUGUACACGUGCUAUUAGUUCAGAUGCUAAAAGUAGCUUUUAUUUAUUCUGUUUGAUAUUAAUAGUCCAUUUUUCAGUUUUGUCCUACUAGGAAAUCUUCAACGUGGGUAGUUUAUCCAGUGUGAAGUACAUAUAGUGGGUUUAUUCACAUCAUAGUUCUUAGGUACUACAUACUAUAAUUUAAUUUAUACAUAACUUCUGUUUUAUAAUUAAGAACUAUCACUUACUUGGAUGUCUUUCAUUACUAGUACUAGUAGUUGGCUUUCUUUUUAGGUCCAAUUUUCACCAGGAAGCAAAGUUUUAUCACCUGAUUAGAGUUAUUACAGUCAUAGUGCUGUGCAGACAACAAAACGAUGUUGAGAUUCAAAUUCUAAAUGGUCAGCUAGGCUCACUUAUGAACUCAUUCCCCCAUCUCAGUUUACUCACAUUUCAAAUUUACAAAUUACUUCAUGUAAUACUAUCAAUCUAGGUUUGCCCAGAAGUAAUUGAAAUAAUGAAUGCUAAAUCUGUCAAUGUUUUCCAAUAACACCAAGUACUACUCUGCAUGGGAGAGACAAAUCGUUAGAGUUUUUUGUUAGUGCCUUGUGUGGUGUAAACUUCCUUUUGUACUGCCAUAAAGAACUCCAGUCAAAACAACAAAAUGUGUCCAAGAUAUCCUAAAAGCAUCUGAUCCCAGUGAAACUAGUGGACUUUGCCUGAAUUAAUUGGUAUAUGUCAUUUUAGAAUUUGUCAAAUUUCUAUUCAAAGCUCUGCAAAAUACUUCCACCCCACAUGUGGGCAUUUUUUUUAAUCUCACUUCCCAAGAGUAAGUAAACUUUUAGUCUAGCCAUUUGCCUUGACGUAUAUAACCUAAGUGCCACUGUAUGUCCCACAAUUCCAUUCAGGAGGCAGGUACCCUAUGCCAUUUGUCAGCUGCCAUGGUCAGUUUUCAGUGAAAAUGAUAAAGUAAUCAAAUGGCCCACUAAAGUGUAACAUAUGUCCCUUUUUCUACUUUAUGUUCCUUCAGAGUUGUUUGUAAAGUUCUUUACAUUUCAGGUAUCAGGAUAAUCUAUAUGUUGACUUUUCUCCCUGGCAAAUCAAAAGCUCUCAGCACCCUACAUAAUAUAAAUUCUAGCUGGUGUUAAUGCUAUGAAAAUAGUAUGUAGUUAGAAAAUAGAAGAGAAGAAGGAAUGUUCUUGACUUUGAGUGGGUAUUAAAGUUUCUUUUGCAGUGGAUGAUGGAACCUGACUGGUUUGCAAAAUUUUAAUACAAACUUAUUUUUUUUAAUAAAAAUCUCAUUUUGAGAAUAUCAGCUAA